AUGUCAUUGCAAGCUUCGCCCAGUCUAAGAAAUCGUCAGAUUUCAGUGUUAGAACGCAUGCUUCAUUUAAACAAGGAUGGUUCAGCUGACUUGACGUUAGCUUCUAAAUCGGAGGAAAUCAUAUGGAAGGUUCUUGUUCUUGACCAAAAAUCACGUAAUAUCUUAUCUUCAGUCUUGAGAGUCAAUGACUUGUUACGAUGUGGAAUAACUGUUCAUGCAUUGAUUAAUCAACAACGUUCAAAAUUACCUGAUGUACCAGUGAUUUACUUUGUCGAACCGAGCAAAGAGAAUAUUAGCACUAUUAUUCACGACUUGAAUGAUGAUAAAUAUGACACCUAUUAUAUCAACUUCACAUCACACUUGCCACGUGAUUUAUUAGAAGAAUUUGCCAAACAAGUGGCGCUUCUGGGUAAAGCAUCAAGAGUAAAACAAGUUUGGGAUCAAUAUUUGGACUUUGUUGUUACUGAGCCUAACUUGUUUUCAUUAAAUUUAAACAAUAUUUUCACAAUUUUCAACACUUCGCAAACCAAAGAAGAAACAAUUCAUGAUUUGGUGGGCACUAUUGCUGAUGGAUUAUUGUCAUUGAUUAUAAGCAUGGAUGUUGUUCCUAUAAUACGUGCACAGCAACAUGGACCUGCUGAAUUUGUCGCUCAAGAACUUGACUUGAAAUUGCGCGAAUACUUGAGUAAUACCAAACUGUUGGGCAAUGAACAUAAUACUGCAUUGACACAACGUCCAGUUCUAAUUCUAUUGGAUAGGAAUUUUGAUUUGGCAUCAAUGUUUGCUCAUUCAUGGAUUUAUCAAUGUAUGGUGAGUGAUGUUUAUCUGUUGAAGAGAAAUACCAUCAAAUUACGCAAAAUCACCAAGGAUAAGAAUGGAGUUGAAUCAGAAUCGAUUAAAAACUAUGAUAUUGAUCCUCGUGAUUUCUUUUGGAGCAAGUAUGCUCAAUUGCCAUUCCCUGAUGUGGUUGAAAAUGCCGAUGUUGAAUUGAAUGCGUAUAAGCAAGAGGCCAAGGAGAUUACCAACAAAACAGGAAUAACAUCGUUAGAUGAUAUUGAUCAAAAUUCUACCAGCUCAACUGUUAACAUUCAACAGGCAGUGGAGAAGCUACCAGAGCUAACCGCAAGAAAAGCAACAUUGGAUAUGCAUAUGGACAUUUUAUCAAACUUGAUUAAUGAAUUACAAGCAAAGAAUUUGGACACCUAUUUUGAAAUUGAACAGAAUGCCGGUGGUAAUCAUAAUGAUACAAAAAUUUUGAAAGAGUUUAUGGAUUUGUUGAGCAACGACGAUGCUAAGCAAGAUACGUCAUUGGACAAAUUGCGUACCUUGAUUAUUUUGACACUUGUUAGUGACCAUUUAUCACCAGACUACAUUUCCAAAGUCAAGUCAAUUUUGCUUCAACACUACCCCAACAUGGACAUGUCAGCAUACGACUACAUUUUGAACUUCAAAGAACACCUGAAAAUUGCCAAUUUGUCAAAUUUGUCAGACUCAUACAGUAGCAAUCAUUCUGCUAGUGGAGGAUUAUCAUCUACAUCAUCCAAUGUACAAGCUUCCUCAGCUUUACUUAGUGGAUUAUCAUCAAAACUUUAUGGAUUAACUGAGGGCCGUAUAUCAGAAGGACUAAGCUCCAUUGCAUCAAAGAUUAAAAACUUUAUUCCUGAGCGAAAUUUACUCCCCAUUACUAAAAUUGUUGAAGCACUCAUGGAUCCAGCAAACUCCAAUCAACAAUCAAUUAACUUAACUGAUGAAUAUUUGUAUUUCGAUCCUAAAUCAAGAGGUGGUGGACAUUCAAAACCACCAAAGAGACAAUCGUAUAGUGAUCUGAUUGUGUUUGUUGUUGGAGGUGGUAAUUACUUGGAAUAUGUUAACUUAACUGAAUGGAGUGGCCAGCAUGGGGAUGGCGAAGCUAGCAGAAAUGGUGGAGGAGGAGUCAGUGGAUCUACCGGUGGUGCUGGAGCAAUUGGUGAAAAGGGUAGAUUUAAUGUCAUUUACGGAAGUACUGAUAUUCUUUCGGCGACUGAGUUCUUAAAAGAAUGUGAACAAUUGAGCAAGAAUUAG